CUUCACAACAUCAACAUCUCUUCUUAAUCACAUCUCUUUCACUCCGACAUUCCCUUUCUCUGCAUAGUCCCGUCGACUGCCGCUCGAGCCCCGCCCCACUAGCCGCGAUCGGCUCGUCACCUGUCCGCAUCCGCGCCCACCCACUUUCGACUCGCCACCCAUGAGCUCCUCCGCGCGUCCCCCGUCGGUACGCGGGCUGUACACGCCUCCCGCUGAGGAGUGGGUGUUCCUCCCGCCCACGGUUUCUCCGCCAGCCAAUGUUGCCCCGCCGGCGCCACCUCACCUUCCCUCAUUCGCUCCGGAGGACGAUGAGGUGGACCUUGGGCUUCCGGGACCGGUCCAACUCUUCGGUACACAGUUCCUUGUCACCGCACUGGGUAUGCCGUUCGACGUGGGAAAAACACUUCUGCAGAUCGAGUACCGCCCGCGUCGCCGAUACGCGCCGCGCGAGACCGAAGCACCGAGGGACUGGGGCGCAGAAGAUGACGUGCUCAGCACGGCUGACGAGGCGGACCACUAUUUCUCAGACCGCGUCGAGGCGCCCGCUAAGCCAUUUGUGCCGCCCCCUGCGCCAAAGGCCGACGCGAGCGGAUACCUUGCUGACCCUUCUCCCACAUGGUUGCUUAAGGACGACCCAGAAAUCUCGCGCUCAAACGGCGUGUGGGGGAUGAUCAGGCGCAUUCGGGCGACGCCGCACGAGGGUCUCCCAGCCCUAUGGAAGGGCCAAAUCAUCAGUACCGUACACGCCGUCGCAUCGACACUGCUGCAGCCGCGUAUCCACAGCCUUGUUUUCGGCCUGUUCCCAUUGUCAGCGACGGGCGGCAUGGCACUUCCCCUCGACUUCCCGCUUACGGCUCUGCCGAACCCAGGCGUGCCCCUGGCUCUGCAAGUCGCGUCGCACGCGCUCACCCAGUUCAUUCUCAGUCCGCUGGAGCUGGUGCGCACGCGUCUCAUAGCGAUGCCGACCUCGCACCCCUCGACGCCAAGCAGCCUCACCAUCCUCCGACGCGCGAUUGCGGACGAGGGCGGGAUUAGUGGGCUCUACUUUGCGUCCAACGUUAUGCUGCCAGCGCUCCUGGAGCUCACUCUGCGCCCACUGCUGACCAUGAGCAUUCCCCUCAUCCUAGAGCGCGGGCUCGGCUUCUCUCCCGACCUCGCCCCGAUUUCGUACUCCCUCGCUGAGCUCGGAAUGAACGUCGCUGCGCUCCUUGUUAUCCUACCCAUCGAGACGGUGCGCCGCCGCCUCCAGCUCCAGUCGCGCGCGCCUGGUGGGGGCAAGCACUUCCGCAGUGUGGUGCCGCUGCGCGAGCGCGACUACGUCGGUAUUGUCGAGGCAUUAUGGCGGAUCAUUACCGAGGAGACGGCUGCGCCCCGGAAAAAGCGCAUGACGGAGCGCGAAGAGGGGGGCUGGUUCUCGGGCGUCUGCCAGCUGUAUCGCGGAUUCGGCAUGGCAGUCACCGCGCAUCUUACCGUCUUUGGCCUCGGCCUCGUCUCUGCGGGGUUGGGAGGGGCUGGCCCCCGCGGCUUCGACUCGGGGUGGAAGGAGAUCUAAUACAUGGAUGCAUGCAAUUACGACACCA